AACAGAGCCUGACGUAAUUUCCUUAACAUAAAACGGAAACUGGCGAGUCCACGAAAUAGAGAAAAUCGACGAGAGGUGAUGCUUGGAUGAAUAUUUAAUCAAAUAACAACACAAAAAUACUAAGGAACUGUUUUCAGUUGCUUAUUUUUCUAUAGUGCUGUCGACGGAAGACCCACAACAAUGUCUGCCCAAGCUCAAAUGAGAGCUUUACUCGACCAGCUAAUGGGAACAGCAAGGGAUGGUUCAGUGUAUCUUUGCCAGCCUACAACAAUCUGCAAAGGAGUUGCAGAAAAGCCUCAUGUUCAUCGAGCCGUGAGUCACACAUAAUUUUUAAAGCUGUUAUGAUGAAUAUCCAAACCAUUUGUUUGCCUUCCGGAAGUUACUAUAGCUUUUUUUUAAAUACACAAAUGGGUAUAUCUUCAGUGGCACUAGAAUUACAAUUUGGAGUAGUAUUAUGCUGCUUGAGCUAAGACGUCUGGUCGCGCAGAAUCCAAACAAGCAGUUCAAUCACAGUUUUCAAUGAGACGUCAGUUAUCAGAAGGCAAUUUUAACAAUCAUCGGAAGAAGAAAAAACUUUGCACACAUCAUUUACAAUCUGACUUGUGUAUGACUCCCAACUUCUUACUACAGGUAUGGGCAAGAAAACUGUUCCCAUUUAUACUUUUCUACAGCGGGUUUAAAAUUCUGCAGCUGAGGUCUUGAAGAUGCAGAAGGGUACAGUAUGUGGUGCAGAUCGCAGUGUGUAUAAACAACAUUUUUUCCUUGGAUUUCUUUUGUGUUUUUUUUGUUUUGAAUUUCUUUUCAAUGCUUCAUAUUCUGUAGAAGGCUUGGCUGGAACAUUUGUCUGAAAUGUUUACAUUUCUCAUCAGUCUUGAUAGCAGUCUUUCCUGCAUAGUUAUAUGCAUUGAAAUGUAAUAAACUUUUUGAAAAUGAAGAUACCUUUGUUCACACUAGAUAACUGAAGCACAAGUUUGGUAUUUACCUGGUUUGUGUCCCUACCUAUUAGCUUAGACUCAUAAUGCUCCACGCUUACAGAGUGGACAUUGAGUCAUAUCACAAGUUAAACUAAGGCUCAAUCAUCGCCAUUUUUUAUUAGGGCUUGGGAAAGGUUGGUAAGCACCAAGAAUAACAGGAGCUACAUGUAACUUUUACUUCAAUCUUGACACAUUCAUGGAUAAAGGUAGUCCAGCAGAGGCACAUUAUUUAUUACAGGUAAAUAGGCUAUACCAAUGAAGGAUGUGUUUAAAGUAAAGUUUUGACAAUCGGAAAAUGAAACAAUUGGUUUCACUCCUUUUGAUGGGUACAAAAUCCUUUAAUGCAUUUAUAGUGACACAUACUGCCCAUUCAAUGUUUUGCAAUUACAGUAUAGUAAAGCACUGGAUACCUCGCCCCUGCUAACAAAUAUGUGAGGUCUUUCUCACUGGCUGUUUUUGGACUGUUUCAGGGGAUGAAACGCGACAGAGGGUCAAGUUCACUGACGAACGUGUCUGCAAAAGUCAUCUUCUAAACUGCUGUCCACAUGACAUCCUGUCUGGAACUCGUAUGGACCUGGGAGAGUGCACGAAGAUCCAUGACCUGGCACUUCGGGCAGAUUAUGAAAUUGCUUCCAAGGAGAGAGAUCUGUUCUUCGAGCUUGACGCGGUCGAGCACCUGGAAUCAUUCAUUGCUGACUGUGACCGGAGGACAGAACUAGCCAAGAAGCGCCUCGCUGAGACCCAAGAAGAGAUCAGUGCUGAGGUGGCAGCCAAGGCAGAGAAGGUCCAUGAGCUGAAUGAGGAAAUAGGGAAGCUCCUGGCCAAGGCUGAGCAGCUUGGAGCCGAGGGAAACGUCGACGAGGCCCAGAAAGUCCUGCAGGAAGUUGAGAAGGUCCGCACUAGAAAGAAGGAUGCAGAGGAAGAGUACAGAAACUCAAUGCCAGCCUCCAGUUUCCAGCAGCAGAAGCUUCGGGUGUGCGAGGUGUGCUCUGCUUACCUGGGUCUCCAUGACAACGAUCGUCGUUUGGCUGACCAUUUUGGUGGAAAGCUUCAUCUGGGCUUCAUUCAGAUCAGAGAGAAACUGGACCAACUAAAGAAAACCGUGGUCGACAAGCAGGAGAAAAGGAACCAGGAGCGCUUGAAGAGACGGGAAGAGAGGGAGAAAGAGGAAAAGAUGAAGAAGAGGACCAGAUCACGGAGCAGAGAGCAGAAAAGAUCUCACUCUCGUGACCGCAGAAGGCGGCGCUCGCGCUCCACAUCACGAGACAAGCGCCGUUCGCGCUCACGCUCCAGGGAGAGGAGGAGGAGGCAUCGCAGCCGAUCCCGCUCUCGUAGCCGAGGACACCGUCACAACCACGAGCAGAGCUCCAGACACAAGUCGUCCAGGGACCGGGAGCGCUCAUCCAGAGACGGGUCACGGGACAGGAGGGACGGGAUGAACGGCAGGUCGGACUCCCGCCGGGGAGACGACAGGGACAUGGGGGACCUCUGAAGACCAAACUCCAUCCAUCAGGACACACAACCUCCUCCGGUCUCUCUCACUCGUCUGUCCAUUUCUAAUAUCCUAAUGUCUCACACAGUCCUUGCCUUGCCCCCUUUGUUCUCCUGCCCGCCACCUUUCUUUGCUUUAACAGUUAAUGCAGCCGACCCAGAGUGUACACAUACCUGAAAUAUUUUAUAGAUAAAAUAUUCUAGCAUUCUGAUAUAUCAAAAGAUUGCAUUUGGAUGAGGGGAAUUUAGUUAUUGAUCAGUAGUGGAAUGUAUUGUAAUACCCACAUCUGUGAUUUGGUGGCUGUCUGUAUCCAAUACAUCCCAUGUCUUCUUAGAAACUACCCGGCAAUGAUUCCAACAGAAAAAGCAA